AUGCUACAAGCAAAUGUUCCGGCCCAGAAAUCAGAUUCCCAUGUCAAGCUUCUGAAAAAGGAGAUUGAACGGGAGUUCAGCGAGCAAUGCAACACGUCUCUUCAGAUAUGGCGGAUGUUCAACAACAAAAACACCCUCCUGCCCAACAACAAGCGCAUUCUGAACCUGUCUUGGAGACUCAACAGUAUCGAGAACGUUAAGCGGCGGAGGAAUUCCGACACGACCAGCAAAAUCACCAAGACGCCCAUUGCCCGCAACACUCACAAGUAUUCCGACUCGCAGUCGAGUAAUAAUCUAUCGCUGGUAAAGCCGCAUUUGCCCGAAUCGCUGUUGAGUGCCGAGACCCCUGAAAACCCGGAAUUCGACUACAUCGAGCACAUCCGCAGAAUUUCAAAAGAGGAGUACGGAGUCAACCCGGACGUCCGCUCCGCCAACGAGCCGUUCCGUUCAUCGAUAUCAUCGACGGAGCACGAACCAGCAUUCUCCAUAACCGACCCAAUUACAAUAGAUUCCAAAGAGCGCAUGGACAUUAACGACUACUUCUCACCGGAGACCAGCCAUUCACUGUCUUCUAAUACUAAUUCAAUAUUUUCGACCGCUGCAGCCCAACCAUUCCAGUUCUCACAGACGCACCACAACCAGCCCGGGGUGUCUCAUCCGCAGACGUCCUCCCAAGGAAGGCAAAAUGACGACUUCAACGUGGACCAUUUCCUGAAAUUCGACGACAACAUGUCGGAGAUGAUGGACAUGGCCAACUUCGCGCAGUCUGACAAGGAGAAGCCUCUGAGCUCAAUCAAGGAGGAGAAGUCCUCGUCCGACUACAGUUUGGCCAACUACAUCAACACUCUGGAAGUUUCACUGGAUCGUCGCGACAGACCGGUCUACGACAAACUGUCGCCAACGUUGACGACGGCAAGCGCCCGGUCGGUGCCUACGGUGACGCCGGCCUCGGCAAAGGGCUCUCAGCAGCCGAUAUGCGAAAACUGUUUCACCUCAACGACUCCUUUGUGGCGCAAAACGUCGGACAACAGGCUCUUGUGCAACGCCUGCGGUCUGUUUUUCAAGCUGCACGGUGUUAUUCGCCCUCUCAACAACACUGCGUCUGGACCGAAAGCCACCGAGCGCAACAAGCGCAAACGCGCCGCCGUGGAGCUUGGAGAACACAACUCCAUGGUGAAAGUUGCUCCCCAGCCAAUUAGAACAGACAGUUUCAAGUCGGACAAUAUGCAAAUGGGCGAGACGUUUGCCGGGGAUUGGGACUGGCUCAAGUUCAAUGUCUAG